UGUGACGGCCAUAUAGUACUACUCUCGCUCGGCUAAAGGACACAUCAGCAGCGCCGGCUGCUGCCUUUGCACGGCCGCCCGCCUGCCCCCUCGGGCCGCCCGCUUGCCUGCCUCCCUCCGCCCCGCCCGAGCGAGCCAGCUCUCUCUAGUUCAAGGGCACCGGGCCCGGCUGUGCUUGCCUUGCCCGCAAAGUUGCUCAUUUCAUAGUCUUCAGACGGGAUUGGUUUUCUGUUUUUUUUCCCCUUUUGGGGGGGGUAGUGUGUUGUCUUUUUUCCAUCCAAAAAGGAGCUCCCUCGAAUUCGGAAUUGGAUUGGUGGAACCCCCUCUUUUUGGGGUGCAUCCCCCCUGCGCCAAACCCCAUUUUGAUUCUUCUCCAAUCCCUUAAAAUUCUCACGGUGCGGAAAGUUCAGGUUUGCAUCUGACCUUGAGACCUCGUGGUAUAUGCUGGUGGGCAUCCCAGAAGCCCUGUUCUAGGAAUGGUGGAUCACUUGCUCCCGGUGGGGGAGUCUUUCUCAACCACCAAGUUCCCCAUUGGUUACCUGGGGGACAUGCCGGCUGGCGGGCGGGCAUACCACAUGCUGCCCUCUCCAUUGUCAGAAGAUGACAGUGACUCCUCAAGCUUCUGCUCCUGCUCCAGCCCUGACUCUCAGGUCCUAGGCUCCAGCUACGGGAGCACAUCGAGCAUCGAGGGCCAGGACAGCAUCUUAGACUACCUGCUGUCCCAGGCAACACUGGGGGGCAGUCCUGUGGCCUGGUGGGACUGGCGGCGGUGCCAGCCCAUGGUGAAAGAGGAACAUUUCCGGUUCCCGGACCCAGAAGACAUGGGGCCAUUCCAGCCCACCUUGGAGGAGAUUGAGGAGUUCUUGGAGGAAAACAUGGAUCUGGAGCUCAAGGAAGGGCCUGAGAAUGGGACCAAAGACCUUCGCGUUUGCAACCAGCUCUCUUCUGGGCAGCAUAAAGACCACAUCCUGCCGGGGGGCAUCUUGAAAGAAAGCAAAACCCCCCAGUCUGGCAGCUCAGUGGAAGGUGCCCACAGUUCAAAUAGUCCAACGGCCACAGAGGGCGGGAUCCCCGUCAUACUCCAGAUCCAACCCAUGCAGAUCAAACAAGAGUCAAGCACGGGUCCCAGUUCGCCGGGCCAGAGUGCGGACAACAUUAAAAUCGCCCAGCUCCUCGUCAACAUCCAGGGGCAAACCUUUGCGCUGGUGCCACAGAUUGUCCAGUCCUCCAACUUGAACUUGCCUUCCAAGUUUGUGCGGAUCGCCCCAGUCCCCAUUGCGGCCAAGCCCAUUGGGCCAGGUGGCAUGGUGCCGGGCCCCGCAGGGAUCCUAGUAGGCCAGAAGUUUCCAAAGAACCCAGCGGCGGAACUCAUUAAAAUGCACAAAUGUACUUUCCCUGGCUGUACGAAGAUGUAUACCAAGAGCAGCCACCUUAAGGCCCAUCUGCGGAGGCACACAGGCGAGAAGCCUUUUGCGUGCACGUGGCCUGGGUGUGGUUGGAGAUUUUCCCGGUCGGACGAACUCUCUCGACACAGACGCUCCCAUUCGGGUGUGAAGCCGUAUCAAUGUCCAGUCUGCGAAAAGAAGUUUGCCCGCAGCGACCACUUGUCCAAGCAUAUCAAGGUGCAUCGCUUCCCCCGGAGCAACCGCUCUGUGCGCUCCUCCGUGAACUGACCUGCCUCCCCCUGCCCUCUCCUCCCACCUCUUGGGCCGAGAACAGCUGACUCCAGCACUUUGUUCACCGUUUUUUAUAGCGAUAAUUUAUUUGUCUCCAUAACAGGGAACACUGUUAUCUGACACCACCACACAUGAAUGUUAGUGUCCUCCAAAUGGAAUUUGAGAAUGAAGCUUUUCUGCGGUUAUUAUUUUUAUGCCUGCUCUUCUCCCCCCCCCCACCUUCACCCCCCUCCCCCUUUCAUGUCUUUGCUGCCGCUUCUUCCCUCGGAAAUUACAGUGUUUUAUUUUAAGCUGUUUUCUUCGGCACAAGGAAAAUUUAUGGGCUCCUUGUAGCUAGUUAAUUACAGUUCUGGCAUUCCUGUGGGCUUUGCUCAUAAACAGGGCUAUUCAUUGUGAGUUUUUAUUAAGCUGGGCCUAUUUGUCCAGUUUGGAUAUAGCAAAUUCCUUUUGGAAAACGAAAACAAGUCCUUUGUGUCCCUAUGGUCACUGCCAAGGGCUCUGGUGGGGGAGGGGAGGGAUGGAAGGAGGUUUUCAGAAACCCCUGUUUCUUCUUAUGGGCCCGUACCUCCUACUUAAUCUGUCCUGAUUCAAGAAGCUUUAAAAACAAAGUUGAGAUUUCAGCUGUUUCCCCCCAUCUGGAACUGACAGAAUGCUAUUUCCAAAGGAUGUAUCCCACAGAAGCCAAGAAUUCAGGAAGGAAUCAGUGAAAGUAGGUCAAAGGUCAUUUCUUUCAUAUCUCAUUGUUGGUCAUGGAUUGUGGGCAGGAAGGGACCCUAAAGUCCUUCUAGGCCACCCCCACCCCUAUUUUACAGAUGAGGAAAUAGGCAAGCAAAGAUGAAGUAAUUCGUCCAUGGUCACACUUCGAAUAAAUGUCUAAGACAGGAUUUGAACAGAGGUCCUACUGAAGUCUAGCACUCUUCCCCUGCCCCCACACUGCCUGUACCACUACAGAGGCUAGCUAUCCUAUUUUCCGUGGAUUUUGUUUUCGAAGGGGCCCAGUCCCCUAGCCUGGUCUGCAACCCAGUAGAGUAUAUAGUGUUUGAGAUGCCUGGAGCAUGCCUGUGGGGGAAGGUGGCAUGGGUGCUCAUGGGCCCACCUCCAUCCUGAAGAGGGCCAUUCUCCAGGUGAGCCCCACUUAGGUAUGGCAGAUAUUGGCUUUCAUGAUGCUCUUUUACGGUCCCAGCAGCCCCCUGAGCCUCAGUGGGUAAGAAGAAAACUUUAAAAAAAUAAAUGAAUAAAUAAAACAAAUCAUUGUAGAUUCCUGUUGAUGGGUGCUUUAUCAUGCAAGCCUCUGUGUGUGUGUGUGUGUGUGUGUGUGUGUGUGUGUGUGUAUUAGGGAGAGAGAGAGAAUAUGAGAGAGAGAGAGAUAGAUCUGUGUUUUAAUGUAAGAAACAGUAGAAUCAAAUAGAACUCAGUAGUCAGAGAAAAUGGGAUAGGGGCUAUCUUUACUAAGACGCUGCUGUUCAGAGAAAACUAUCAGUUGGCUUUCUUUCAUCUCUCUGUGUCCCGGACAAAUCCCAAAUAAAACACUGCAAUUCUAGCAUUAGAGCAUUAUCAAAAUGAAGCACAUGCUGUAUGUAAGAGCGCCCUGUACUACCUUAGGCUAGUGAUGCAUUCCUUCUGUUCUCUAGAAAUUAACAUACAAUGAACUAGCUCGUAUUGACUGGUUUAUCUCACAUCCUAUGAAUGUAUGUAAAUAAACUGUACAUAGAGGCAUCUAUAUAAAAUAUCUUUUAAUAACAUAUCAAAAUUUGUGUAAAUUUGAAAUAAAAAAAAUCUAUGAAGCCAGUGUAUAUAAGUUACAAUUCUGUAUAUUUUCUUUUGUCCUUCAUAAAAUAUAUUUACUUUGCCAAUAAAAAGAAAAAAGGAAAUUUUAAAUA